CUCACGUCUCAACCUCACACCACAGCGCUUCAUUCGCAUUCGACAAUUCCCAAGAGGAAUGCGCCUCUCCCGCCACUAGAACUGAGGAUGUACACCAUAUCCAAAGCGCAUCUCCUCGCCACCGCCGCCGUCCUCUCCCUGAUCAUCUCGACCUUCCUUAUCUUCGGCACGCAGUACUCCACCUCGGUCGCCCAAUAUGCGCUGAAGACGUCUCUCCAACCCGGGGGCUGUCCCCCGCAGCACGUGGAAAUUCCGGCCAGCAACACCACCGACUGGGAAUUCCAGGUGGCGCGCGACGGCAACAACUACGGCCUGACGCCGCUGCAAUGCCGCGCGGCGUUCCCCAAGCUGUUCGUGGAGAUCGACAACGCGACGGCCACCCGCGCACAGAACCCGAUCACCUUCGAGGAGUUGGAUCAGGUCGAGAUGGCGGACGGGAUGGUGCGGGGGGUGAUUGCGGAUGGUCAGCUCUACAUCCUCUCCUACACCCCACAACCCUUCACCUUCAGCCGCGCCAAAGCGACCCUACACGCGCUGCACCGCGCCCUAGCCGCCUCGCCCACCGCGCCCCCCCCGCUCGAAUUCAUCCUCACCACCGAAGACUUCUACCUCCCUCCCUCCCCCCACCCCCAGAACCCCGGUGCCGGCCCACCACCCCCGCCGCCCAUCUGGUCCUACACCAAACUGCCCCACCACCGCCACACCUGGCUCAUGCCGGACUUCGGGUACUGGUCGUGGCCGGAAGUGCAGAUCGGGCCGUACCCGGCCCUGCGCCAGCGCAUCGCGGCCCUCGAAUCCGGCCUGCCGUUCCCGCAGAAGCGCAAGCAGCUGCUGUGGCGCGGCAGCACGGCGACCAACCCGGGCGUGCGGGGGACGCUCCUGAAAGCGAGCCAGGGGAAGAGCUGGGCCAGCGUGCACCCGCUGGACUGGGACUCCACCUCCUCCGCUUCUGGUUCUGCUUCUGAUGUUAGGGGCAUGCCGGAGGCGUUCGUCCCGAUGCACGAGCACUGCGCCUACAUGUUCCUGGCGCACACGGAGGGGCGCAGCUUCUCGGGCCGCGGGAAGUACCUCCUCAACUGCCGGUCGGUGGUGCUCUCGCACCCGCUGACGUGGCGGGAGGCGCACCACGCGGCGCUGGUGGCGGCGCCGCAUCCGGCGGCGAACUAUGUGCUCGUGGAGGAGGCGGGGUGGGGGGAUUUGGACCGGAAAAUGGAGUGGUUGAUUGAUCAUCCGGACGCGGCGGAGCGGAUCGCCGACGAGGCGGUGCGGACGUUCCGGGACCGGUAUCUGACGCCCGCGGCGGAGGCGUGCUAUUGGCGCGAGUUGGUGGUGCAGUAUAGUGGGGUGCUGGGGUUUGUGCCUGUGGUGGAGGGGCGGGAGGGGGCGGUGGCUUUUGAGGAUUGGGUUUUGGGGGUGUAG